AGAGUUUGACGAGAACUGAUAAUGAUGGUGGAAACACGUGUGGUUAUUUUGCUUGCUAAAAAACUCUAUGUAUACGAAAUGCCUACAUGUGUCCAGUAUUGACAGUCAUUUAUUUAAUCUUGAAUAAUACUGUUAUCGUUGAAUAAGGUUAAUAUCAUUGAAAAAUUUCUAAAAUGUCUGGUGUUCGACUUGUCGGAGCUGUGGCGGUUUCAACCAUAUCUUUGUUGGCUUUGAUGUGGUAUGUUCGACGCAAGAAACCUCAAAAGUCACCUUCAAAAAAGAGAAACAUAUCUGAAAAUGCAGUCACAAAGGAUAAAGAAGGAAAUAAUAGUUUGAGGCAUAUCUCAUCGCAACCAUUGAUAGCUGAAACGAGUAAUGAAACUGUAUCAAAUGAAGGCAAUAUAAUAGAUGAUAAAUUAGUUACAGAAAUCGAACGUGAAAUUGUAAGACAGGAGGAAAUGAUCCUUAAAAAGGAAACACAAUUGAAUACUACAAAAAAUGAUAUCAGUUUACUAGAGAGAAGUGGUAACUUAAAUGAAAACUUAAAUGAAAAAAAACAUCAGAAUAAAAAGAUUGAGAGCGUUCUCAAAACAAAAAAAUCAGGGAAUGCUUCACUACAACAAGAUGACCUCAUUUUGGCCGAGGUAGCCAACAACCUAAAUAAAUCCCCGACCAUUACAGGCAGUAAUGAUGUCAGUGAAAGGAAUGGUGCAUAUCAAAACUUUAACUUAACAUCGGGUGAAAAUGAGACAAUCAUCUCUGAGAACGUCUCGGUUCUAAAUGAGGCUAUGACUGCCUCAAGAAUGAAUGACAUGAGUUUUGUCAACAAAACUGAAAGUGAAAGUAGAGAAGACAGGGUAGAACAAGAACUAAUGAGUGAGCAGGAUGUUCUCUCUGUGUCAACCAUGGUGCCAUUAUUAGAGUCUACAAACCUUGAUAUCACUUGUUCUCAAGGACGAGAUAAUGACUCUGAUGAUGUUAUCAAACCACAAACUUCAAUCAAAUUGGAGUCGUCAGUCUGUGAACAUUCUCAAAACCUUCCGUCUUCAAAUGGUAAUGAUCUGUCUCAUUCGGAAGGAAAGAGAUCAGUGCUUGACAAUAAAUCUUCCCGUAGAAACAGAAAUGAUUCAAACUGUUCAAGUCAAAGUGCCAGUCAUGUGGAAGAUCGGAUUUCAGAAACGAGUAGUGAACGAACGAGUUCGCCCCUUAAAGAUAGAAACUCAGUGUCUCCAUCUAAAGAAUCACAACAUGGCGUUAUUGAGAAUGGUGUCCAGAGUUCAGACACAUCCAACUGUGAUAGUGCCUCCAUUGACAGUGACCGAGGCAGUAAUGGUUAUCCAACACCUAAAGUUAUAGAUGAUAAAACAAAGCUGUCAUACAAGUGUAACUUUCCAACAGAGCUCUGUGGAAGAUUGAUAGGAAAAUUUGGAAAAAAUAUCAAUUUUAUAAAAGAGAAAACUUUUGCCAAUGUGGCUUUGAGUACAAAUCCUUUCACUCCAGCCUUUCAGCUCUGCUCUAUAGAAGGUACACAGACACAGAUAGAUGAUGCCUUGGCCAUGAUAAGUAAGCGGUUCCCAGAGGUGGAUCUUAGACCAGUAGAUGUGCCAUCAUUGAAUGAACCCCAGCCUGUAGUAUCUAAUCCUCUCCUUAUGCCAGAGUUAAUGCAGGUAAUACCAGGCAUUACACAGUUAAACCUUCCUGAAGGAGUUUCUGUAGACGUUGUAGUAUCCAGUAUUGUUGAUGCUGGACAUAUCUUCAUGCAGCAGCCUACUCACCCAUCAUUCCCAUCACUAGAGAGGUUGAACCAGUUCAUGAAUUCCUGUUACACACAAGAUGGCAUAGUGCCACAGCUACCAAGGCCUUUAGAGGUGGGUGUUAUAUGUGCUGCACCUAUAAUGGAGGGGUGGUACCGAUCACAAGUCACAGCUGUUUAUGAGGGUCCUGAUGAAUGUGAUAUCAAAUAUGUAGAUUAUGGCGGGUUUUCACGAGUUUCAGGAUCUAUAUUGCGGCAGAUAAGGAGUGACUUCAUGACAUUACCAUUCCAGGGUAUUGAAUGUUACAUGGCUAACGUAACGCCCUUACAAGAUGAGGAGUACUUUAGUUCUGAAGCAGCUGCAGUGUUAGAAGAGCUGACCCAAGGGAAGUUACUCCAGGCUCAGGUUGUGGGGAGAAAUGAUGAUGGUAUUGCUUACUGUCAUAUAUACCAGAUCAAUGGAGAUAAGGUUACAUUUGUAAAUAGAGAACUAGUCAACAGAGGGGUGGUGAGGUGGAUAGAAAUUCUGUCAUGAGACUGCUGAAAUCACAGCUUCAAUCCUGCCAAACCUUGUGUUGUCAUCAUGUUUUUAUCAUCUUCCUAAGGAGGAGAGGUCAGAGACAGAAUCAUCAACUUGCUAUGUGCUAAAUAGUGGGGUAGCUACAUGAGGGUAUUUGUUUGGAAUAGAACCAGUCACGUUUCUAAAAGGAAUAACAAAAUUCAUCAUAGUUCAUUGAAUGUCUAAUGAUUUUGUCCAUGUGGGUGAAAUUAUUUAAGAAAUACAAUUUACCAGAACAAUGUAUGAUUUCUGCUUAGAGCUUGAAGCUAAUUUUGUCGAUUGAGAAAUUUCACAAAACUUACAUUUAAAGAUUGAAUAAACCAUACUGUUGAUUUUUUUAUGAUAACUUUUCUAUCGUAACUGUGAAUUUCAAUUUGAGCAUUGAACAUCUGUUUAGAAGUAUUACUGUCAAACUUAGAAUAGUGUAAUUUGCAUGACCUCAUUUUACAUGGUUUGCAUUUAGUUGUCGUAUAUCAUCUUACAUUAGUUGUCUAUUUAAUUUUUAAAAGAGAGUGCUUUCAGAUAUACCUAUUUUGGCUCAUUUCUCAAGUGAAAUACCUUUAUUUUUGAAUGACUACUGCAUUUAUUUUGUAUAGCAAUAAUUCUUGCUUUUAAAAUGGCGUUAGUUGUGAAAUUUGCAAGUUGUGAACCCCCAAUACUGCUAUGUAUCUAUACAGUUCAGUUUUUGUACUGCAUUUAUAAUACUAUGAAAGAUAAACAGGUUGUUGAAUCAGAUUGAAAUGAUAUCAUAUAUUAUUUUUCAAAUGAAAAAGUUGAGGUUAACACUGGACAAAGAAAAAGUCUGAGACAUACUUAGAAUUCUGCUUUUUAUAUGUGACAAUAAGGAAGAAUGCUAUUGAAAGUACAUUUUUUUCUAGAUUUUUUUAGUUGAUCAAUCUUGAAUUCUAAGAAUAUAACGUAUACAUGAUAUUGAAAUUUAAUUAAAUUUAAUCAGACUAAAUUAUUCAGUCAAGAUUUGAAGAAAGUUUGAAGUUAGCUUUUUUUUAACAACAAUGUGAUAUUUUUUACAAAUAUCUGGUUGAGUAUUUAUGAAAUACUUUUAUAAAGUUCAUAAAGAAUUAAACUAAUAUUUGUAAUCGAAACAUACAAAAAUUGCCAAGAUGAAGUUCUUUACAGCUCAUCUGAAAUCCUCUUAAACUACAAAUACAACAUAAACAUCACAUAUUUUUUUCCCAUGCCCAGGUUAAUACUUCACAUAUAAUUUAUUUCUGGAUUUAAUUUGGGUAUUUUUCUCUAUAGCUGAAAAGUGAUAAUUUAAUUGCUUUUUCUUCUAGUUCAUAUGAACUUAAAAGUUUGAUGACUUCUGCUUUAAUUGAUAAUAUUUUAUAAGCUGUCUUCCACUCCAAUACAAUUCAGUGACUUCUUAAAAAGAAUGGCAAUACAAAUUUCCAUAAAAAUAUGAAGAUUUGUAUAAAUUGUGGUUGAUUGUAAUUUUUUUUUUAAAGACCCACACAUAAUUUUUCUAUUGUUGUAAUUUGAUAUAAAUUUGAGUUUACUACUUUUUUACAGGGUAUUUGUAUUAUUGUCCUAUAAAUAUAAUCAGAAUUUUUUUUAUACUCUUAAGAAUUUUAAGUUACAUUGUCAGAUAUGAAUUAUUUUCCCCACAUAUCAUCUGAAAAAAGUCAAUAUCCUUGAAAAGCACUUUUAUACUUUCAGUUUAGAUACUAUUAAAGAUUUAUAUUAUUAUAGAUUAUCGUUGAUUAUCUCAACAAGAUUGAUUUUCUCGCUUGAGCUGGUACAGUGAAAGUGAGAAAAGCAAUCGAGUUGAGAUGACCAAUGAUAAUCUGUUUAUUGCUAUUUUACCUAUGACGACGUUGUCAAUUUCAAUGUCAAUUUCGUUAGCAACGCCACGUGGCCUCCUUAGUUUCUAGCUAUAAUUUUUCCAUCUCAAGCGAGAAGUAUGUUAUGAAAAUUAUCACAAAAAAAGAUCACAGGGAAAAUGCACAAAAUAGCGAUAAUAGUAAAUAUCAUUGAAUAACACUUCAGAUACUAUUAGUGAAAUUGAGAAAAGAAAUAAGUUCAACUGUAUCCUUUUCUCAGAUAAUUUUAAACAAAUACUAUUAGAAUGAUAUCAGAGCUUAAAUAAAUGGUGUUAUAUUGGACUUUGUCAAUUGUUUGAACAUUUGUAAUUUAUCUUUAUAUCAGCCUUUGAAUAAGACUCCUUUUUCCUUUAUCCUUAAUUGUUAGUCAGAUCCCAAAGUAGCUAUGAUACUGAUAGUGCUAGAAUUUUAAAGCUUUUAUUAGGAAAGAGAAUUUUUCACUCCUGAGUUACUUUAUUGGAAGCAUUGGAAAUGAUUAACCUUAUACACAAUAGUAUCAGACUUACUGACAAGUUGUUUAAAAUUCCAAUGGAAAAUUUUUAAAUUAAAGUUAUCUCCCCAUAACUAGAAAAAUAACUCAAGUGUUUAAUAUGUGCCAUCACCCUGUACAAAUGUAUUAUAAAAAUAUCUGUUAUUGUUGAUACUUUAAUGGAAGACAAUUUUUUUGGAUGCCUCUCACAAGGUCUCUCUAUGUAAAUGAAUAAAUAAAGUACUGAUGAUGUAAGACCCUCAUGUUGAAAAAACUCAUCUUGGAUAAAUACUGCUGUAUAUUUUAAACCUAACCAUAGUGCUGUUUAUAUAUUUGUGAGAAUAUUGUUGAUGUAUUUCGUAGAAAAUUUAAUAUGGAAGUGAAUGUGUUACUUUUAGGGAGAUAAAAAGGCUUUUUACCCUUUAUUGUGAUAGCUAAAGAAACAUUUAACACACACUUAUUAUUUUACACAAAGAAAGUUACAUUCUAUACACUGACAGUUACAAACAAGUUAUAUUUAGAAAUGUUCAUUUCUGAUCUUUUCCAUCAAUUUUCUACAGUGAUUUUUAUUUGUUUUCAUGUCAAGCUAGUUAUGAUAUAGAUAAAUUUUAUGGUUUGUAAUUUAUUAAUUGAAGAAAUUGUAAAUUUGCUUUUUAUACAUGACAAAUCCUAUGUAAAUUUUCAUUGGAUAAUAUUACCAUUGAGGUAAAGAUCUUCAAAAUAAAACCUUUGAAAAAAUUCAGCUGCCAUUGUGAUUGGAAACCCUAAUUUUUUUAGGAGAAACAUAAAUUCUAUAUGCCAUAAGUUUUCAGUUCAUUGUGACUUUUAGUAUUGCUCAAAUUAAUGGUUGCUUUAAAUAAUAUUAGUACAUACUUAUCAAUAUCUUUUAAGAGGAUGAAAAUGAAGAGAAUUACUUCCCUUUGGUUGAUAAAACCGACAGUUGUUUGUAUUGUAGUAAAAUGUAACACAAGAUGUUAGCUACAUGUCAAUGAAACCAAUCAAAACAACAAAACCAAAAAAAAGACAGGCAUAUAGGCGCUAAGAUUAUGUAAAGUAUGAUUUAAAUUGAAAUAAAUAUUCAAAUAGUUAAAUUCCUUAUUUUAAUAAUGGUCAUGAUGGUUGCCAUAAGAAGUCUUUAGAUUGGUUGUAAAUAAAUGUAAUUGAUAAUCCUUAAAGUAGUGUUUAACAUUACAUUGUGUCCUCACUGUAAACUAUAAGUUUUGAUUGGCUGAUCUUUAAAAUAUUUGUUGAUAAAACCCAUAAGUCUUGAUUAUUUAAUGAUUUAUUUUUUGUUAAUUUUUUAGAACAGUUGUUAAUGUGUUUCUUUGUAUAUUUUGUUUUAUGUGGUUUUUUUCAGUGAGAGAACAUUAGAUUUUGCUUGUGUAUAAAAGGAGAGUGCUGUAUUUUUUACUUGGUUUUUCAUUUAGUUCUUUUUUUGAAUUACUUAAUUUUGGUUGUAAAAUUUUCUUUUUAUUUUGUAUUCGUAUGAAGAGAAAUAUUGAUUACUUAAGAUAUAUAUAUAGUUUAUAUGAUUAGUUUCAUGAGUUUUAUUUUUUAUCCUAUCAACUUUUGUAGGUUAUGGAAUGCUAGCUUGGAAAAUUAUUUUCAAAUUUCAAUUCAUAAUUAAGGAACUCCUGUUAUCAAAAAUUGCCUAGCACCCCUAAUUUUUUUAAAAGGUUAAGAGGCUGUCCAAGUAAAUAUCAGGCUAAUCCUAUGAUUUAGAUUAAUUUGUAAAUUAACUUUAGCAAAGAAAAUACAUAACUUUUUCUCACUGAAUUUUUGGUUCCAAUGCAAUGUUUAUAUCAUACAAAGGAUAUGUAUGUCAAAAGAUAUUUUUGAAUCUUAAAGUAGAUGGCUCAGAAAUUGAUUUUAAAGUUCACUAACAACGCAACACAAUUUUGUACAAAAAUGAAGAGUUAUCUCCCCUUUUUAAUGAAUUUUCAGUGCUUUCUAUGUAUUUUUUUUCUCUUUAUUUGUUGCAGUUAAUAAAAAAAAACUAAAUUUUAUUUUGAGAAAGAAUGAAUUUGUGAUAUGAAAUAGAUGAACAAAUUUUAAAAACAAAAUAUGUCAUGUGCCAUACACUACCUGGUUUUUCCAUGGACACCCUCUUAAAGAUUGUAAUUAAUGGCAGGUUAACAGAUACAUAUUUUACAUAAUUUAUGUUUAUGGUAAUGUAACAGUUGUUUGAAUUGUUUUAUGCUUAAAAUCAAAACAAAUUUUUAUAAAAUUUACAUAUGUAUCAGUUGUUGAUAACAGUUGCUGAAAGUUUUUAAGAAAUCCAAACACGACAUCACAAUUAUAUUCUUAUCCAGUGCCCUAACGUUUGUUACGUUCAUUUUGAUUGGACAAAUCCAAGCACAGACGUCAUGUAAAUUAUUUUACAUCAUUUUCUUUCAGUUACUUAGGAACUAAUAUAUCAGUGUUUCAUUUGAAGAUUUGAAGUUUCACGUCUCUAAAUGAUUCUUGCAAAUAAAAAAAUAAAAAACUUUUAUCAGAGUUUUGUAGAACAAAUCUUCAAAUUAACGUCUCCAUCUUAUAUUAUGUCAAGCAUAAUCUUUUUUUUUACUUUUUUUAUAUCCAUCAUAACAGAAUCGUUGGACUUUUCUGUCCUGAAACAUCAGGGUUUCACUGUAUCACACUUACAGAAGGGGUACUCAUUUUUUACCUGAAAUAUCAGGGUUUCACUGUAUCACAUUCACUUGUUAAUUAUUAAGGAUUGUUGUGUUAUUCUAACAUAAAGUGUAGUGCCAUGAAUUUAUCAACAUUUAAAUGUUUUUUUAGGGGGGGGAUAAAUAGAUUUUAAAGAUGCCAUGUUUUGUAUAAUAAGUAUAUACCAGAGCUAACACUGUACAGGAAUUUUAAAAGAUUUUCUUUAAAACUUGUGCAUCAUUUGUAUAUUUAACAAGACUGUAUUUAUCACUUAUCUAGUUAGAAAGAUUUGAGAUGUAAACAAACAUGAUGGUCUUUGCUCAUUGUUGACAGUUAAUUUCUGUGUAAUUGGUCUCUUAGAACUGUUGUUUCAUUUGAAAUUAUACCACAUCUUCUUUUUUAUAUUUACACAAUAAUAAAUACUUACUUACCUACCUACCUAUCUAGGUACCCAUGUGUUUUUACAUUAAUGGCACACACAUUUAAUUGUAUGGCUGAAUUUGAUUCAUUUAACCAGAAUAUGGCUAGUUUUGAUCUCUGUUUUAAUCAUUGAAUGUUAUCUUAUCUUAGCAUUGUAUCAAUAUUAGUGUUUAAGUUACAUAUAUGCUUUUUGUUGAAUGUAGUUAGACACCAUCUUAACUGGGCAUUCAUCUACACAUGUAUAUGGCCACCAUUUUGAAUUUUUUGCUUGUUUUAUCAGUAGUUUUUACAUAUUUUUUUUAAAUAUUUAAAUUUUGGGAGAGAAAAAACAAUUCAGAAAUGCACUUGCUGAAAUAUUGUAUCUAUAAUAUUCUUAUUUUUAAAAUUAAAAACAUUCUACAGGUAUUGACUUAUUCAUCAAAGAAGUGAACAGUUUAUAUAAAAAUGGCUCCCUUACAUAUUGUGUUUUCUUUAUUACUAUUAUUAAAUUUUGAUUCCAUAUUUCUUUAAAUUGGUGACCUACCAUGUCUAGAAUUAUUUUGUAAAUGUACAUAUAUACUUUAAACUAAAUAAAAAAAAGUUGGUUCUGGGAUUGGGGUAAGUGUGUUAAUAUAAUUGUCUAUCUACCUUAAAAUUGGAAAAAAAAUGAUAAUGAUAACUGUGCCACUCUAAGGUUUUAGAUUGACCCUGAAAUUUAAAAAAUGACAAGUUAACUUUUGAACUUAAUCAAAUCAAAUUUCAUUUGGAUUAAAAAAAAAAAAUCCUCUUCCAAAAAAAAUACAAAGAUCUGACAACACUCUAUUCUACCUUCAGUUUUUAUGUCUCUUGAAGAUCCUCUGGUUUUAUCAUAAUGAUACAUACUUUCUAGAAUUUGAAGGCUGACAUUUCAUUGGCUGAUGUAAUAUUAGCAGAACAGAAAGAAAAACCAGAGUUUUGUCAGAUCAUUGUAACAAAUGCAAAGACAUUGUAUCUGUAUUUUUAUCAUAUGGCUCAAAUCUUUCUUCAAUUCUAGAAAAAGCUAGUUCUUUUCACCUUUUACAUAAAAAUUCCGCUAUCAAAACAAAUUUUAUUUAGCCCUAGGGAACAAAUAGAGAGAAGUACAAUUGUAUAUAAAAUAGCAUGUACAUGUGUAGUGUGGAACAAACACUUAUAUUUUGGUAGUAUGUUAAGAUUAGUAACAUAAUUGUUAUUCAUUACUAUUAGAUGUGAUAAUUGUGUAUUUAAUUGUACAGAAUGUUUUGAGUGGAUGAACAUUUACCAAAAUCAUGUUAGUGAGAACAAUAUUUUUGAAUUUAGCUUUUCAUUACCUAUAUGUACAAUAAAUUGUGUUCAAGUCUUA